CAAAAAUUGUAAGAACUAAGAAUACCAAUUAGAUAAUAGAAAAGCUAUAUUUUAAUGUUUUUUGUUACAAUUAUUAAAGUGUUCUCUCUUUUAUUCUAAAUAUGAUGCAACAUCAAUACUGGGUGACGAAGAAGACUGUUUUAAAAAAACUAGGUACUAAAGAAGAUGAAUGUAUUGUUGCUUCCGAUGCUGAACUCGACGCUAAGUUAGAAUUAUUUCAAUCAAUAUCAGACAGUUGUUUGCAAUUGCAACGUAUACUAGAUCAGUAUCAGGAGCGCUUAUGUGUGUUAGCGCAGGAGGAAAAUUCACUUGGAAAAUUUCUUCGUGAUGCUGGAAAAAGCAAUGAUGCCGCCGGGAAACACAUGAUUUCAGCUGGAAAAGCGAUAUCCUACACAGGACAGCAACGUGUAGCUGUGAGAAGUCCGCUCUUAAGAUUAUAUCAUGAAGUGGAAACAUUUAGAAUUCGUGCUGUCAAAGAUAUGAGGGUGACAGUAUCUGCUAUGGAAAAAGCGCGUAUUGAAUAUCGUGCUGCUCUUAGUUGGAUGAAAUCCAGCAGUGCGCAGCUGGAUCCUGAUACCGGUCGCGGUCUUGAAAACUUUCGGAAAGCUCAGCGCCAAGUAAAAGAGAGCAAAAAAGUAUUUGAUAAGCUUACCUUGGAUGUUUUACAAAAGAUAGAUUUAUUAGCUGCAGCCCGAUGCAAUAUGUUCUCUCAUGUUCUAUCAAACUAUCAAAAUUCUUUUCUGAGUGUCUCUACGAAAGUUGCACAAACUUUAAGUGGCACCAUUGAAAGUAUGAGCUCGUCACCCCAAUAUGAAUUUUGCAUCUUGAAAACCCUAUCGGAGAAUGCCAAUAAUGGAGAGACACAGGAUAAAGAUCAACUACUUUUCUUUCAAGAUGAGUACAAAGACAAAAAUCUUGAUGAAUCAGUGAAUUCUGAAAAGUUAAACAACAAUGACAAUGAGAAUCAACCAUCCACAGCCAUAGUUGCAGAUACAUCUGAUAGUCUUAUUAGUACAGAAAUUGACACACAGGAUAAUAAUGUUAAAAUAAGUGCAGACUUAGCAGGCUUGCAGUUAGGUGGGGGUGACAUGCCUGCAAAUUUUGCAUUUAUGCCUUCACAACUUCUCCAAGACUUUGCGGGUUUUAUGGAAACACCACUUCAACCACAAAGCUCUCAAAAUGAAAAAGAUAAGGAUUCUGUGUGUCAAAAAAUUGCAAAGCCUCUACCGGUACCUAAAAAAGAAGACAAAGCGGCAUGGUUUAAGCUGUUUGCAGAAUUAGAUCCUCUAGCAAAUCCAGAUAACAUUCCUGGAACUAAUAAUAAUCUAAGUCAUGCAGCUUAAGUAUUUGUCUUAAACCUACUUAUUUCUCUUAAUAUUAAAAAGAACAUAUUUUUCAAUAGUAUAGUUAGGAAGUUAAUUUUAGUAUUAUUUUUGACAAUGUAUUAAUUUGACCGCAGUAGUAAAAUAUAUGCCGUCUCCAAGUUAGUAUUCUAUAAAGAAGACCUACAAAAUUUUGUUUUAGUUCUAAUUUAAUAAGUCAUGCUAAGAUAUACAUAUAUCACAAGUAAAGUUAGCGGUUAUAAAUAUUUUGCUUUUUUAAUAUUUACGUGUUCCCAAAUAGUGCUAAGAUCUGUAAAAAUCUCAAAGUACAAAUAUGUGUAAUGAAAUUUUGAUAUGUCGCUUACUUUAUACUGCAACACUCAUUUGUAUUGAUCACAAAAAUCAGAAAAUAUUUAAAAAUAAUUAUUAUAUUUUCGUAUCCUAUCAAUUCUUUUACUAUAUACUAUACAUUUGCAUGUAUAAUUCAUGAAAUCUUGUAUUAUUUUUAUUCCAUCAAAUACAAUUGUAGAUAACAUAUAUGAUUGUAUCAUGUAUUAACCUUAUUUUACAUAUAACUUACUGAUAACUGUUGUUAAGGACUAAAGACACUAAGCAAACAUGCACUUAAUUUUAAUCAAAACAGUUUAUUGUAUUAAGAGUACAAAUAAAAUUGGGUAAUAUGUUUAGGAAGGCCUUAUCCCUAGCAAGCAGUUUCAUUCAACCCUGGUAGAGAAAAUACUGAAGGGAGAUUGCAAAAAGUGCAUAACUAAAGAAAAUAUUGCAACUGUAUAGAAGUAUAAAAUUUAUGUUUUCAAACAUUCCAUUAUAGGCUUUUACACUACUUAUUAAACAGCAUUUUUUAAUAUAACAAUGCAAAUUAUUUUAGUGCUAUGUUAUUUUUAUUGGAUAAUAUUUAGACUUGUGGAACUGGGUUUUAUGUACUACUUAGUACUACUGACUAGUCACUGUUAAAACCAAAGAUAUAUGUAGUUUUGUGAUGUAUUUUAUUAGAAGCUAUGUUUACUAUUAUUACUAUAAUUGAUUUAUUUUGUGUUCUCUUUAUAAUCCAUAUUAUGUAAUGUGUAUUAAAUGUUAUGUACCUACUGAA